GCCAAUUAAACAACUCAUGGGAAUUUGGGAGUUAGAUUCUAAAGCUCUAGAUGUGGCACUUAAGGCGGGAACAGAAAAUGCUUUAAAUAGUUUAGGAGUUUCUGGAUUCAUAAACGAAAGUGUAUGUUUUGUAACUCAAACAAGACUAAAUGUUUGUCCAGCAUUUAUUGAGAAGGAUAGUCAAUUUGUUAAAUCAUCUACAAGCCAAACCCGCUCAAAAUUUGUUUGCUCGCGUUGUUUUAAUAAUGAAGGUGGACACUUUUUUCAACGCAGAAAAAAAAACACACCACAAUUUUCUUGUAUUGAAAAGCAUGCAAAUGACAAUCAACGUUCUCUUUACCUUUUAGGACGAUGGAUCCAAGAAAUGUCAACAGAUCAGGAUCAAGAACUCCAAGCUAUGCUUUUAGAGGAAGUUUGGUCUGGUGUUGUUAAAUUUUUAGACAAAAAAACAAGUACAUCUAAAAAUUCGAAAGAUAAUAAUAAUAGUGUAGAUACUGAACAAACUAUACAAACCCAUCCACCAACAUAUUUCAGUAUUAGAGCUGCACUUCGUAUCAAAAAA